AUGUCUCUAUCACGAUCAUCAACACGACAAGUACAUACUGUUUUGGGUGGUGGUAUACGAUAUGAAACAGUUGAACUUGUUCUAUCAGCAAUACCUAAUUUUGAAUUGAAACAAAAAGGACGUAUUCUUCAUUUGUUUGCAGAGGCACUCGAUGAACGACAAAAUAAUCUUGAUACUUUUUUUGUUCAUAAUCAAACUAAUACAUCAUUAGCAGAACCAUUUGCAUUUGAAUCACAAAUUGAUACUGAUACAUAUCCAAUUGAUCUAUCUGCAAGAUCAACAGAUGAAAUAUUCCAUCCAUUAAUUGAAUCAGAUAAUAAUAUGUCAAAUGAAACUGUUCCAUCAUUAGCUGUUCCCAAUGAAAAAAAUCAGUCUGAAAUACAUCCUUGUCAUCAACAACAAUUAAAUUGGACAUCAGUAAAAGAUCCAAUAAAUAUUAAAAAAGAAGCUGUAACACCACCAAAAACAAAACGACGUCAAUCAAAAACUUCAUCUAAUUCAAAACAAAAAAAAUUAUCUUCAAUACCAUCAAUGCGUCAAAUGACAAUGACACAAUUAUUUGAUCCAAUGGAAUCGCCUAAAUCAACCAGAACAUCCAUUUCGACUUCUAUAAAACAAGAACCAGAAACACUUGGCAAUGAUACAAUAAUGUAUAUGCCAGAAUCACUUAUCGGUUUAGCUCAACCAUCGGAAUCAAUAUCUGAUAAUGAAAAUGAUCAACACAAUUUAUCCGAUUUAUUGGCAUCUAUUAAACAAAGUAAAAUAUCAAAUUCACCUUCAUUGAAACGUAAAUAUAUUCCUUCACCAAUUGUGAAUAAUUCCAUACCUCAACAAACAAUAGCAACAACAACAACAACAACAACAACAGAUGAAGAAGAAAAUAUUCAAAAUGAAGCUCUUAUUGAAUCUCCUUAUGCUGGUAUUGAAAAUGAAGAAUUACUUUAUGCUUGUUCAAUGUGUCGUAAUUAUUGGCUUGGUUUACCUAAAGAACUUCGUCAUAAACAAGGUUUAACAUGUCGUCAUAGACAACGACCAGUUGUUCAUACACCAGAACAUUUUUGGUCAUUAGGUGUUCCUAGUACACAAACUUGUAUUGAACGUGGUUAUGGUGGUGUUCUUCCACCAGAUAAACCAAUUGAAAGACCAAGAAGACCAAGACGACAAUAUCAACGAAGAUUACAAGAACGACAACAUCAACAACAGAAUGAUGAUAAUGAUGAAGAAGAAUAG